AAUCUUGGUCUUUCUGCAGCUUCGUUCGCGUCCGUGACGUGCAGCGACAAAGGCUUCUUCCUUUCGCAAAACGAGGGGCGAAUCAGUAAAACCGCGUUCUCGGGUGUCCAAGAGUGUCCGGUCGUUCAGUUCCGAAGUUGCGGAGGUGUUGUUGUGCGUGUACUACUGAAGGAGUAUUGGCGGGCAUUUCUGGCAAGCUAGGUGACAUCAGAACACGGGUUGACAGCUGCAAGUCCACCAAUUCCAGUGAGCUAGAGCAUCCGGGGGGGAGGAAUCGAAUCGGACACUACUGUGCUGAGCUGUGGAACGCACCAGGCACAAAAAGAGUUCCAACAAAACUUGUUGAUCAGAGUUCCUUGAUUGGGUGAAUAACGCAGAACCACCACCACCAGCGCCUGUCUGCCUUGUGGUGGCUCCCCGCGAUCGCGAGUGUCUAGCGUGGUUUCGCCUACAUCUGGUCCAACUUUGAUUCGGUGUGUCUUGCCAUACUGUCCGCGGUGAACUUCAUAUCGGCUUGCGGCUUGAGAGGCUUGCGGUGAUUAAUUAGAAUCUGGUCCAGAACACAGUACGCAACUACCCCGGGGGGUGGGAACUGCUGUCCGGAAUCGAUUGAAAAUCAAACCCGACCCGUGGGUGUGUGUGCGUCAUUCAUUACCUGACCUAGACUGCGGUUCGAAGCUCUUGAAAUUUUGGCUCCAAACUUUUUCCUGGGGAGUGUCGGGGUUUUUUUUACUCAGAUUAUGCGAAAUUAAAGCAUAUUUAAAGUGAUCUACGCUGUGAAAGGUGCUUUUAGCAGUGGAGCUUUAAUUGGUGGGAUUUGUGAACGACGAGAAGCCAACCUUUUCCAACCAAAUCGCUGUGCAUUUAUGAAGCCCCAGCUAUUAAUUGUACGUGUGUUUGUGAAUGGUGUGUGCUUGCCGUAACAAGUGCGUAAAGAGGCUUUGAAGUGCGUUUCCCGGUGCGUUAGCGUGAGCGUGUGUGUGAGAGAAGUCGUUGCACGCGCCACAUAACGGCUAGGGUGACUUGUGUCGCAAGUGUCGUCCUGUGUAAUAAUAAUCCUCACCGUAGGGAAGCUGCCAAAGGGAGGGCAAAACCGUUUCCGUGAUUUCGUAAUACUUCCCUUUUGCAAUCAGUCGGACGCAAUACCAAGGGUGGUGUGCGUACCUAUAACCCCUGAUAGCUCUGCAGCAGACAGGAGGGUAGCGCAGGUCCUGCCAUCGACGGCAAGGUGUCCUCAGUUUGCGUGUAUGAGUGUGUGUGUGUGCCCUAUCGUACGUUCGUGUUUGUGUGCCACAGUUAAAGUUUCACCCAGGGUAGUGAUUUCCUGAUUGUGGAAAAUUGGUUUUCCCCCUACUGGUUGGUUUCGGGCGGCAAAGUUAGCGUGCACCGAGAAAAAAGGGGUCGUACUGAAUAUUAUCGUGGCCCAGUCAUUGCCAGUAGUAGCAGCAGCAGCAGCAGCAGCAUUUUGUCACACCUCCAUCCGUUGGAUCCGUCCACAAUAAUCCGCCAGAAUUGAGCCGCCUAUGUACAUCAAGAAGGACCCGAGAAAGGAAGGAGUAACCAUGCGCGAGAAAAAAGGAGGUGCUUUGCAGAAGAUAAAAAAGCGAUUAUCGCACAGCUUCGGCCGAUUAUCGAUAUCGCGCGAGGAAAGCGACGAAUCUACGCAACAGAACAACCACCAUCACCUUCCGCAUCAUCACCAUCAUCACCACGGACAUGGUCACAAUCGUGGCGGUAAAGUGCCCUUCAACGGUUACACAUCCGAGGAGUACCUCGACCGACUGGAACCAAACGGCAACAUCCCGGCCGAUAAGUCUUACAGCAAACAUUGGAACAGAGUAAGCGAUCACGAACGCGUCCAUCGGCAACUGUCGGUAUCGUCCGACAGCAAGCUGCUGGACGACGACAUCCGGGAGGAAACACGUGUGAUAAUGCGACCUAAGAAGCCACCCCGGCCAAAAUCCGAAGUGUUCUUGAACAAGCAUGACCCGCACCCGAGACGAAAACGGUUUAGUGCAUUCGGGGGCGACUCGCCAUUCGGCAAAUCAGAUGCUUACAUUAAACUAGAGCAGCUCGGUGAAGGAUCCUACGCAACGGUAUUUAAGGGUUAUAGCAAUUUAACAAAUCAAGUGGUAGCAUUAAAGGAAAUCAGGUUACAGGAAGAGGAAGGUGCACCGUUCACGGCCAUACGCGAAGCAUCCCUGCUGAAGGAACUGAAACAUUCGAACAUCGUGACCCUGCACGAUAUCGUGCAUACGCGCGAAACGCUCACGUUCGUCUUCGAGUUUGUGAACACGGACUUGUCGCAGUACAUGGAACGACAUCCGGGCGGGCUCGAUCAUCGAAACGUGCGGCUGUUUCUGUUCCAGCUGUUGCGAGGGCUUUCCUAUUGCCAUAAGCGAAGGGUGCUGCAUCGCGACGUGAAGCCUCAGAAUCUGCUCAUCAGCGAGAUGGGCGAGCUGAAGCUGGCCGACUUUGGGCUGGCCCGUGCAAAGAGUGUUCCAAGUCAUACCUACUCGCACGAAGUCGUCACACUAUGGUACCGGCCUCCAGAUGUACUGCUCGGUAGCACUGAGUACUCCACCUCGCUCGAUAUCUGGGGCGUCGGAUGCAUCUUUGUGGAGAUGAUCACGGGCAUGCCGACAUUCCCCGGUAUUCGUGACACCUACGAUCAGUUGGAUAAAAUCUUUAAAAUUCUCGGCACGCCGACGGAGGACACGUGGCCAGGGGUUACGCAUUUACCGGGGUAUAAGCUACAAAUGCUAGGCUUUUUCAAACCCCGCAAAUUGGGACUGAGCUUUCCCCGGUUGUACGACAUCAACGAGGGCGAAACGAUGGCCACCUCGUUCCUGCAGCUCAAUCCGGACAAUCGGAUAAGCGCGGACGAGGCCCUCCGCCAUCGGUAUUUCGCGUCGUUGCCAAAAAAGCUAUACGAACUGCCGGAUGAACUGUCCAUCUUCACCGUGGAAGGUAUUUACUUGCAUCCGGAACCGAACCGCCACCAUGGGCACCGCGCAUGAGAGUUAAGACAAAGUAAAACCCUAGAUGCAAUACGUUAUUAUUGUUAGUAGUUAAUGUGAUUACCUGCGUCGCUGGUUAGCAGAAGACGCAGUGGAAGAAGAUAAAUUACACAACAGCCCCACACAGAUACAAACACACGCCAUUCACAAAAAGAUCGCGCCUGUUUGGCGUGCACACCGUAUGUAUGGAUAUGGUGGAUAUUUUGAGCGAGUCUUAGGCAAAAUGCGACACAUGUUUCUUCAGGGUCGCAACCAGAAAAGAAGGGGGGAUUGCAACAAAGAGGGUUAAGAUGCCAUGCGGGUGUGUGGAGUAGAGUUGAAAGCUAAAUCAAAAAGUAGAUAUCCUCAAAUUGUUGCAGCAGCAGCAGCAGCAACAGCCACAAGAGCCUCUCACUGCACGGUCGAAUGAGAAAUCGGGGAGAGAGAAGCGCCAGCGCAAACAAUGUUGCUGUCCUCGGGAACCAAAGUGAAGCUAAAGGAUGUGAUCAAUUCAUUCAUACAACAACGCAAACAUCGUGCAUUGCGGACACAACCUACACACACCCAAAGACACAGUUUCACCUUUUUGCCGAUUGAAUCGUUUUUGGUUAAUCCCAUCCUCCUGAUGAGGAUGGAGGACAUCAAAAGGGCUAGAGAGGAAGCCGAAUCCGGAUAUUCAUAUUUUUUUAGUUUUGCGAGGCAUCUCUGGUUAUAGCAAAACACGUGUUUAAUUGUUUAAUCCUAUCUAUUUUUUCUAAAUAUUCAUUUAUUCCGUACAAAAAAUUGCAAAUGGCGGAACGAUACCGAGCCGUUGUAAGGUACUGUUCCCUGAAGCGCGAUAUUUUUUUCAUAUCAGCAGCAGUAAUUUUUAUCGACUCAUAAUUUUGAGUAGAAACGAUAUUUUAAACCCUAAAUAAAAUUUACUGUGCUACGGAUUUAUAAAAACGUUGUCUUUGAGCAAUGCAGCUUCUCUGUGUUCGAGGUUCCAUUUUCGCAAAAUACAAGCUUCCGGUUGUACUGCGCUUCGGCAGGCUGUGAAUCCAGCAUACGACUCAACUGGGCCUCCCUGAUGUAUGGUGCGCACUGUUUCAGGCUCCUGAAAACCUCCCGUACGCUGACAACCUUUUCCUCCAUUUACACAGUUUUUGCUGCAUUUAGUGAGACAAGCAUUAUCCCGAGCUAAUGGCCGCGGACAUUCGCGUGUGGUGGGUUCUGUAAUCCACAAAAUAGAAAUAGCAACAAAUUAUAGUAUCCCGUGAUCGAGUAGUAUGUUCUCUAUUUUUUUUUUAAUCUUAAUCCAUUCGUAUUUCGUUCAACUCGAUACCGUCUAGCUUAAGUUGGUUCAGUCUUUUCUUUAUCAUUUCCUUUUAUUUUCAAUUAGAUCGCCGGUAUUAGACAGAAGAAAAAACAGCACGCAUUCAGCUUCCAAUCCCUUUUUCCGCGGGUUAUUAGUUCCGCGGGGGAAAAAGAAGAAAAGCUUCGAAAGGGGUAGAAUCAGUGGAAAAGUAUUGAUAUAACGCAUAGAAAAUUUGUUUUAUGGGCUUUUUGAGUUAUGAUAAGUUAAGGAAACAAAAAACAAUGUUUAUUAUUAAAUGAUGUACUGAAUGAUCCGAGCUAAUUAUUGUGCGAGUUGCUGGAGAUAGACAAAGCAAACACAUCCACGGAGAGCGAGACACGAAAUAAACAAUCUUUCAACUUAUACAGAAGAAUAAUUUUUCAUUUUUCAAUUUCUUUUUUUUUUGUUCCUCGUUAAGCAUGUUACAAUUUAAGUUAAGGCUUUUAUUUGUUCCAUAUAAUUUAGAAUAUGAUUUCUCCCGUAAAAUGCCCCGUUUUCGUGCUAUUCGUAUAUUUAACAGGGGUGAACAAGAAAAUUCGUUUCCUCUCAGGGAUCUUAUGGUGAAACGGAUAGACACACACACACGCGCGCGCGUAUGAUGUUAAAAUCAUUCUCCUUCCCGAUCGCAAUGGUCCACAGCAGAUCAAUCAUAACCGAUAAUAAAAAGUAUAACUAAACUACUAUCCUUUCGCUUGGGUUUUCGAACGCAAUAGCAACAUUUUUGGUUUCAAAUUUGGCAAAAAAAUGCAAACAAGUGAACGAUGAUCUGGUAAUUACUGUCGGUCCUAAUUGUGUUGUCCUUUUUUGCGGUGAGAGGUGAGUCGUGGUUUGUGUGAUGUGAGCCAUUUGUUAAGUAUUACCUCCCCCCUCCCUCGGUACUAUGAAUAGAAAUAUGGUAGGAAAAAAGGACACAAAAACAUUCGAUUGAGAAAACAAAAACUAAAACACUUCUAAAACAAUAAACGCAAAUCAAAUUUUCACAGUAGUUUACAGUUGUGGAGUAAAGCGAGAAGAGCAAGGAAAUAAAAACAAAUAGAGACAAAACGUAAGACACCGCAUAUGGCGAGUAGGUACUUAAAAAGUAGAUAAAGUGUAGAAUAGUUCGUUAGCGUAAUGAUUACUGACUGCUCAUAGGUAAAAGGGAAGAAAAGAAAAGAAACCCUAUUUGUAAAUGAGCUGUAAACGGUUCACUAGUGGCAUGGUAACGAAAUGAACUUCUUAAAGAACAAAAAUCCAAUUUAAAAAACACGUAGGAAUAUGUAGGUUUGCCAUCGUCAUUCUAGUUAAACGAAGAUAGCAAACAAAGCCACACGAUUAAAUCAACACAUCGUCCAGCCGACGUUAUAAACUCCUAGAAAAAUAAUGGACAGCCAAGUCUAAAUUCGUUCUCCAUUCCAAUUUAGAUUCAUCUUACUUUACAAUCCGUUUAAAGAAACAUUUUUUACGGUUCCAUCGUAAUGUCCUAGCAGUUGUCCUAGAACAAAACUAAUCCCAAUCAGAGAUAAAAAUAAAAACCAGCAAAGCGUGGUGUUGAAGAAAUUUUUCAAAAAACUUGGUAGCGGUGCAAGAAGCAGCUAAACACCUCAAAUUGUCGUUUAAAGUAAUGAGUAUAAAAGCAGUGGCCACCACCCUAGGAGUUACAAAAAUAUGAAGAAAAAAACCGCGUUUCUAGCUCUAGCUGCACACAUUUUCCGUAGCUGUAGUGGCAAACUAAAAAAGGACUAAAAACGCGUACGGGUGGGGUUUUUUCUUUCGAAUAGCCGAUAGAGCAUACUCGUACCAGAACACUAAAACCCGACUUUAGAUGUAUGAAUGUUUGAAUUUUUGAUAGUUUAAAUAAGAUUGAUUUGGUUCUGAAGUAAAUGUGAUAUUGAGGACAAACGAGCACACGACCGGCGGGCGGGCGGGCAGGAGCGGAUUUUGAGUAAGUGAAUAAGUGUAAUCAAACAUUACAAUACCACAGCAAACAAACAAAAAGAGGGGCCGAAGACGGAUAAGUUUAUAAGUAUUUACGCGAGCAUAUUGAGAAGCGAGAAGGAGAGCGGGCUAGCGAGGGGAAAGCGGUCAUAGCAAAUGUAUGGAAAAUGGACCUUUUUCUAGCAUUCAGGCCUGCCACAGGUUUUCUUUCAUCCAGCUGAGUCGUCCGAAUGGGUGAGCGCGCAGAUACAUUUAUUUUUUGUCUCCUCAGUAAGAAACGUAAAAAGUAACGAAACAAAGUAGUAGUACUAUAUUAGGGAAGCUAGGCAAGGGCGAUUUAAAGAGGUCUAACGUUUAACACACACACUACUGGAAGACUUAAAAAAUUUAGUGAACUCAACUACCUGUUUAAUUUUCUUAUCAGAGAGAGAGAAGCGAGAGAGCUCUUUAAAAAAUUGCAAUUAACUACGUUCAUUUGAGUCUGAAAUAGCAUUCACAUCGUUGUUAGACAGGAAUUUGCAGUUAGUCCUAUUAUGCCCGGAAUUUGAAAGUACGUACGAGCGAAUGAUGCACAGUAGAAGAAAACCCCCACAAAAACUAACUUCUAAUAUGGGCCCAGUCGUCGCGCCAUAGUGCCGUUUCGUUCAUUGUUCCUGAGGAGAAGAAGAAAAACACACACUGAACCGAAUCUUUUUUCGUGUUUCAUGAUAAUAGUAUGACAACUAGCUGUAGAUUACAAGUCAAAUCAAAAGCACCAGCUCCGGAGAUAGUGGAUGGUGUAGCAUUCCGAUCCUAGGCGUCAGAGCUCAGCGUAGCAGGAUAAUCCUAAAAAUCCCAAACCCCCAACCAAAAUCUUUAUAUUAUCGACUAAUCACACGAUUUCGAUUAGUAGUUUCAAGCUGCACAGACUUAGAACAAAUCUUCCAACAAAGGAUUUCCACUCUCAAACAAUAGUACGCGUAGUGUAGCCAAUCUCUAAUCAAUCUCCUUUUAGUAGCCCAACAUUUCUGACUGACGGAUGCCGAUCGACAGCAGACACUAAUCGAACACUUAAUUGCGCAAGCGCUUCUUAACAUUAGCGAAACAAACCUACAACAAAAUGGUACAUUUAGAUACAGUGAGAAAAGCAUGGUAGGAGCUAGAUUCGCUUCCCCGAAACACGCUGCCGAAUCGUUUGUUUCGCCCAUCGCACGUGUGCCCUUUUUCGGUUGACGACUUUUUGUGUUGAUGUUAAGCAAGUCCCCAAGUACUCUCAAUACCGUCCCCAGGAAGAGGAAGUGAAGAGCUAACUACGAUUCUGAAAGAGCCUUAUUGUCUGUGUGUGUGUUAAAGGAGGCGCCUAUAUAGGUUGAAAUUGAGGAUCGUGAAGUCGAUCCUGGCCAGGGUUUUGCUGGAGGUUAUCCUAUCCACUAGCACACGCUUGUAAGAGAAGCGGACAGGGCUUUUUUCUGUUUCUAAAUGCAAACACAAAACUUUGCACGACAACGCAAACACUCACAAGCAGCAGCACAUGAUGCACGUCCCAUCCCACAAAUUUCGUCCAUAGUUUUUACUGAAAACGCUGCAAGUGUCUGGCCGCAGAAGCAGAAGGGCAGCUGCUUUACUAGAGUAUGCACAGCACAACACGACGUGGAGCACCGCGAACAAACAAACACCUCUCUUCUGCUGGCAACCAUCGCAACCACAAUGUCCACAACCAACAAUCGGUGUGGCACGCGGAGUCUCCACAGCCUUUUUCGCUAGUACAUAAGUAGUAAGGAUCGCGAUCUCUCCUGGUUUGGUUGGGCUGUGCCAACCCUUUUAGGAAUUUGGCUGUAUCGUUCUUUUUUUUUGCCACGUUUCUAAACGUUUCUCUCCAGCUGCUGCUUAUCGGGAUGCAUGCCAACUCGUCACAAACGAGCGCCAUGAAAGGAGCUAAAUCAAUCAGCAGAAAAGGGGGUGAACAGUAAAGGAAAUCGCUGGAGACCCGCCAUCGGUGCGUUCGAAUGGAAGUUUAACCAUAUUUUUGUAAAUAGUUUUUAAUACACGCAAAGACCGGGGGGAUGGAACAGGAAAGUUUAAAGAAACAAAAAAAGGAAACAAAAAACAAAACUGCAGGAAACAGGAAAUGAUGAUAAGUAGUUGCUCUGUGUCUGUGGAAUAGAAACGAGAGACAAGCACAAGCAGCGGGAGCAGAGAAAAAAAGGAAACAAAACAGGCAAAAUAUUGUUUAUUUAUGAAACUUUAAAUGAAACAAAAAUGAAAGUAUAUGUAUAUGAACGACUAAAAUCCAUUUGAGGAUGAUAAUGAUGAUGAAGGUGUGGUGAAUGAAUGGGGUUGAAUGAAUCCUUUGUGUGGUGGGUGCAUUUGGUGUGAAGCAGGAACUAAAAAGACGGUGGCGAAGUGAAUAAGAGUAAUUAAAUGAAUGAAAUAAAUACGAACAAUUCAA